AUGAUCCAAAAAGUGACGCAAAUAAAAUUCAGGCUCGAGCAUAUUCCUGCGUUACUAAUCGUCCCGAAAACUAGCCUUAAGGUCAUAGUAACUAAGGGCUUUAAUCCCGCGCGCACUACUGUGCUUUGUCACAAACAAGUUUUUGCCAGCAAAAACUUACCUUAUCGUCAUAGUGCUAAGGCUUAA